AUCCAACCGGCUUCCCCGCCCCAUCUGGUGGGGGCCGGCCCUCAGCCCUCAGCCUCCUUUUCCUCACAUGCUGGGGGACGCAGGGGCCAACAUGGAUCUUCCCCUUGACAUCAGCUGAGCCUGGCAGCAUCUUCUCACACCAUGGACAGAGGCAGCCACCAACGGAAUGCUUCUCCAGCAAGGACACCUCCUCCUCAGGGUUCCCCGGCAAGGACACCUCCUUCCCAGGGCUCCCCGGCAAGGACACCACCAGCAAGGACACCUCCUCCCCAGGGUUCCCCGGCAAGGACAUCUCCAGCAACAGCAGCUCUGCAGGCUUCCCCGGCCCGGGCAUCUCCAGUCCAGGCAUCUCCGGCCGGGCCAUCACCUUCCAGGUCAUCCUCGGGCAGGUCAUCCUCUGCCAGGUCAGCCUCCACGACAUCCUCCCCAACGAGAGUGUACCUUGUUAGAGCAACACCAGUGGGGGCUGUCCCCAUCCGGGCACCUCCUGCCAGGUCAGCACCAGCCACCAGGGCCGCCAGGGAGAGCCCAGGUCUCGCUCUGCCCAAGUUCUCCUGGCAAGAGACCCAGAGACAGCUGCCACUCAUCGGCUGUGUCAUCCUUCUCAUCAGCCUCGUGAUCUCACUCAUCCUUCUCUAUGAGGGACAGGAGCCCCAGAGUCCAAGAGGGAUUGAAGUCUAUUUCUGGAGAGGCCACACAGGGAUCAAGUACAAAGAACCAGUGGAGAGCUGCCCCAGGCAUGCCGUUCGCUGUGAUGGAGUGGUGGACUGCAAAAUGAAGAGCGAUGAACUGGGCUGUGUCAGGUUUGACUGGGACAAGUCCCUGCUGAAGGUCUACUCUGGGUCUUCUGGUGAGUGGCUCCCUGUCUGCAGCAGCAGCUGGAACGACACUGACUCCAAGAGGACCUGCCAGCAGCUGGGCUUUGACAGCGCUUACCGAACAACCGAGGUGGCCCACAGGGACAUCACCAGAAGCUUCUUACUCUCUGAAUACAACUCCACCAUCCAGGAAAGCCUCUAUAGGUCGGAAUGUCCUUCCCAGCGGUAUGUCUCCCUGCAGUGCUCCCACUGUGGUCUGAGAGCUAUGACCGGGCGGAUUGUGGGAGGGGCUCUGACCUCAGAAAGCAAGUGGCCCUGGCAAGUCAGCCUACACUUCGGCACCACCCACAUCUGUGGGGGCACACUCAUCGAUGCCCAGUGGGUGCUCACAGCUGCCCACUGCUUCUUUGUGACCCGGGAGAAGAUUCUGGAGGGGUGGAAGGUUUAUGCGGGCACGAGCAACUUGCACCAGCUGCCUGAGGCUGCCUCUAUCUCCCAGAUCAUCAUCAACGGCAACUACACUGAUGAGCAGGAUGACUAUGACAUUGCCCUCAUGAGGCUUUCCAAGCCCUUGACCCUCUCAGCUCACAUCCACCCUGCCUGCCUCCCUAUGCAUGGGCAGACCUUCGGCCUCAAUGAGACCUGCUGGAUAACUGGCUUUGGCAAAACCAAGGAGACAGACGAGAAGACAUCUCCCUUCCUCCGGGAGGUUCAGGUCAACCUCAUCGACUUCAAGAAGUGCAAUGACUACUUGGUCUAUGACAGCUAUCUUACCCCACGGAUGAUGUGCGCUGGGGACCUCCGAGGAGGGAGGGACUCCUGUCAGGGAGACAGUGGCGGCCCUCUUGUCUGUGAGCAGAACAAUCGCUGGUACCUGGCAGGCGUCACCAGCUGGGGCACAGGCUGUGGCCAGAGAAACAAGCCUGGUGUGUACACCAAAGUGACGGAAGUACUUCCCUGGAUUUAUAGCAAGAUGGAGAGUGAGGUACGCUUCCGGAAGUCUUAACCGUGCCCUCCUCACAUUGCUGAGUGCUAUGAAGAUCCUGGCCAAAGGGACUGGCCACUUGAAGCAUCUGGGCUGGUGACCACCAGUCACCUUUGUUCAUUCCACCUCUGCUGUCUGCUGCCUCUGUGAGAAUGCGUCUGUGGUGCGUAUGUGUUUGCAUCAUACGUGUGUGUGUGUGUGUGUGUGUGUGUGUGUGUGUGUGUGUUACUGCUCUUCCAAGUUCUUUGGAAAACUUCAGAAUCCCAGGCUGGAAAUCUGGAGUUAAGAGUUUGGGCACCAGGUGUGUUCCUAAGAGUCUACAAGUGGAGGUGGAGCCAAAAAUGAGGCCAGAAAAGGCCUGGAACAUGGCAGCAGCAGCUGUCACUCUUCUGACUCUGACUUGGAGGCCAACCCAGAUUGCACAGGCACCCAGCAGCCAGUGACACCGUUGUUUCGCUGGGACAGCAGCAAGUUUUGUCAGAGUCUGACUUUUCAGUGCCCAGACUGUGUGUCCACGGUGGAAAGCCAUUCCCAUCAGUGUUGCGAGCAUCGGGCUCUCUGAGCCUCUUGUGGCUGCUAUGGAUUCCAGAGCUGGCCUCUGCUGUGGCUGUGUACUUCUGGAUGAUGACUGUGACUCAGGCUUGCUGUACGUUUUGGUCACAAGCUGUUGGGGUGGAUUUUAUUUUUAUAUUUAAAAUGAAGUAGAUGUAACUUUAAGGAGUCUCCAAAAUUCCUAGGGACCUUGGGAGUUUUUACAUGCCUCACCUUGUAAACUCUAGGGAGUUGUACUGCUGUAACAUCUGUGACAUAUUACUGGCUUUAUGAAAACAGAUGAAGUGCCUUAGUGAAAUCCUCAGGUCAGACAUAUCCAAGUCGCUGUGGAGACUACAGCCCUUUGAAAUACUCAGGGAAGAAAACCCUCAUUUGGGAUGACAGAUAACCCCAAUGCACGCUGCUCUAGCCUCCAAGGACUACAGCCAGCCAGAAGAAUGAAGAUGUGUGUGCUGCCCUGGUUAGCCUCCCGGGACCCCUGGGAGAGUCCAGGCAUUCGGCAUCAUUUACACACAAGGGCUGACUAGAAGUUUGUUUCUGUCUCCCUUCAUCUCUCAGCUUUGUACUGACUCAAAAGACUAUAAAGAGAAAGCAAGAGCUGUCCUCAGAACCUCUCUAUAGCCCUUCUGGGGUGGGGGUAGGGGGCUAAGUUGGCCAUGGUCCUGGUCUCCCCCAGCCCUUUUCUCUCAGUCACCAGUUCCUCCUCAGCUCCACUCUCUUCACCUUCCUUGGGGUCAUCAGACCUCUUAUGAUACUGAGUCUCAGAGGCAUGUUCAGAAAGAUCAGACCAGCUCAGGCAAGCUGGAGGGAGCUAGAGUGAUUGGACACAGUCAGAUAGGGCUGGAACAUUGGGGGAUGUCUUCAAAGCUGGGGAAAAGGAGCGGCAUUCAUGAAGAUCCCAGAAAUGAGCUUCAAUAAUAAAUGUA